AACAUAAGCGAUGCGGUGCUGAAGCUGGACACCCCGACGCCUGACGACCUGGUGCAGACUGUCACUUACAUCGCCACCGUCAACAGCGGCAUGGGGCUGAGUCAAGACAAGAGCGGCAACCGUCAGAAUGGCAAGUGUGUGGUACCUUGGUCCGACGUCCAGAACGCUGACUCACUAGACUAUUCUGUCUUGGUCUCUGACGUGAACAUGGUGGUGGAGAAGGACCCGAUGGACGGCGUCAAGUGCAACGUGGGGGACCAGACGAAGCAGCGAGCCCAGACUAUAGUGCCGGGGUCGGACGAGGUACUCAACACCCUGCAGAUGAAGAUGAUGAAGAUGUACGUGGUGGGAGAGAUGCACAACAUCAGUACGCCCAAUGGUGUCCACAUCACCAUGGGGAAGACGACGAGGCGCGACCUACAGAGGCUGGAGGUGGGAAAUUCAGGCGCCGCUGUCUCCCUGCCCAAUAACUUGUGCCCAUUCCCCAACUGCACCCACGACUCACCCAUGGGAGUCAUUCUCCAGGAGUGGCCCGUCAUCUUAUAUAGCUUCAUGGACACUGUCAACAAACUCUCCAGAGGCACCAAGGUCAUCGACUACAACUUGUAUACAAACGACCUGCAGGAACUUGUACUGAAGAACCUCCCGGCAGACGAGCGAAUUCUGAUAGAAAUCCCCAAGACGGUGGGAGAGAGAGGCAACACAACUCUACCAGCUAUGGUGAAAGUCAAUGCCACUUGGGAGUCAGCCCGGAAGACCAUCCCUGUCAUAUACACCACCUUCAACGUCAGCACGGCUGACUCUACCAUCAGCUUGGAGAUUGUGCCAGAGGUGACCAACCCGCGGCUCUUUCUCUUUGUUGACAAGCCGCGUCUCCCGACCCUCAAGUCCUGCAUCAAGUUCACUUUUGUCAACGACUUGCCUCAGACCAAUGGGACGUAUAAACUGUUCCUGAUGGCGUCGCAGCUGGGAGGUCUGGGCCGCUACUUCCUCGGGGUGGGAGAGUUCAAGACUAACUUCAACCUCAGUCUGAUGAACGACCCGGUCAAGAACAACGUCAACAUGGAUGUGGUGAAGAACAUCUCGACCAACUACCAGCUGCGGGUCACAGUCAAUGGCGUAGCUUUCAUGAACAAGACAACAAUGAAAUGGGAGACACAAGGUGUUGUGGUACUAAACGCGACGGAGACGCUGACCACCUGCACCUCCAACCACCUGACAAGCUUCGGCUCCGGGAUGUUCGUGAUGCCCAACACCAUAGACUUCAACUAUGUCUUCGCCCACAUGGGCUUCACCGACAACCUCACCAUCUACCUCACCCUCAUCAUCACACUCGCAAUCUUCCUCCUCAUGCUCAUCUGGGCGCGCUUCAAGGACAAGAAGGACCUGGAGAAGCUGGGGGCGACGCCUCUGCCCGAUAACAAGGUGGAGGACAAGUACCUGUACGAGAUGUUGGUCUUCACUGGCAACCUGAAGGGCGCCCAGACCGACUCCGUCGUCCAGUUCAUCGUCUCAGGUGACAGCGACGAGACGGACGUCCGCACUCUUGGUGAUGACAGGCGCAAGAUCCUCCGCAAGGGUGACGUUGAUGUCUUCGUUAUGGCUGUGCCAAGGCCGCUGGGGCCGCUACAGUUCCUGCGGGUGUGGCACGACAACAGCGGCAAGGGGCCCAACGCCUCCUGGUUCCUCAGCUGCAUCAUCAUCAGGGACAUCCAGACUGAGGAGAGAUACGAGUUUAUCUCAGACCAGUGGCUAGCUGUGGAGAGUUCUGAUGGGCAGAUUGACCGUCUUAUACCGGUGGCGGGAGAAGAGCAGAAGAAAGCCUUCAGGUUCUUGAUGGAGACCAACUCCAACAGCCGCCUCUCUGACGAACAUCUCUGGUUCUCUGUCUUCCUCCGGCCUAAACGAUCACGUUUUACAAGGUGUCAGAGGGUGGCAUGUUGUUUCGCUGUGCUGUACCUCAAGAUGCUGGUGGAGGCCAUGUGGUAUGAGAAGGAGCCGGAGAAGCCCGCGUCUGGAGGACUCCACGUGGGACCCUUCAACAUGACCCCUGAGGAGGUGUGUAUCGGUCUGAUGUGUAACCUGAUCGUCUUCCCGCCCACUAUGCUGAUGGUCUACUUCUUCCGCAAGGCUCGACCCAGGAAGCUGCGGAAGUCCCGCAUUAACCUCGCUCUCGAGAGGACCAGAUUAUCAAAAGGCUUGAAAAGUGGCAGCAGUGCUCAGUCAUCUCCUCCCGCUCCCCAACCACCUCGCUCACCCAAAAAACUGCCUGCUUCGCCAUUAAAGGUUCCUGAUUCACCUCACGACUCACCUGACUCUCCUGAAAACUCCCCUGAUUCAACAGAAGAGAAUAUGCACGAGGAGAAAAAAGAGAAGAGCUGCACACUUCCCUGGGGGUUCAGAGUGAUCGCCUGGCUCUUGGCCAUCGCCUGUAUUGGUGUGGGCGUCUUCUUCCUGCUGAUGUACGGCAUCACCUUCGGCAACGAGAAGACUACCAAGUGGAUCUCCGCGCUCGUCAUCUCCUUCUUCUCGGAAAUUCUCCUCCACGAACCAAUAAAGAUUAUUCUGAUAUCUUUGCUGAUGAGCGCCAUAUUUAAAACAAGCGACCUGGAGGAGGAUGACUCUGAGGAGGAUGAGGAGGAGCCUCAGUUGGAGAAUGAUGAAGCCUGGCUCCACCAAGAGAGCAGGUCCAACAGGAAGCUCAAGGCCAACAAGCUGGACGAAAGAACCUUGGAAAGGCUUAGAGAGAACAGAAGGAAAGAAAUUGAGAUGUGGGAUAUCAUUAAAGAAAUCUUUGCUUAUUCCAUCUUCCUCUGGGUAUUCCUCACAAUUACUUACGGUACCAGAGAUCCAAACUCAUUCUUACUACACCAGAACUUGAAGAAUACCUUCUUAAAUUUGGGAAUGUUUGACUUAGACUUCACCAAGGCCAAUACUACGGACCUGGUAUGGCAUUACCUGUACAGUGGUCUUCUUCCCAACUUGCGAGCAGGAGAGCUGUACAAUGGCAAGCCUCCGUAUGGGCUGCGAGGGUUCCUCAAUGACCAGACUAACCGCAUCAUGGGCUAUGCCACCGUCAGACAGGUCCGCAUCGCGGGCACAGAGUGCAGUGUUCCACGACCGAUGCGGGGGCUGGUUGAACAUUGUGAUGGCACCGGCUCCAUAAUAGAGGAGGACACCGAGGACUACUGUGGGGGCUGGAUCCCCCUCAACACCUACACCAAGAACUUCUCUCAGUGUUCUAUACCAGAGUUCAGGUAUACGACGGCAGCAGAGCUGAACAGUUUACCAGUGUGGGGCAAGGUAAACUGGUAUGGUGGCGGAGGCUACGUCAUCCACCUGCGGGCCAGCACAGACGCCAUCAUGGCCAAGCUGAAGCAACUACACACUUACCAAUGGAUUGACCACAGGACACGCGCUCUUCUGAUUGAGUUUUCUGUAUAUAACGCACAGGUUAAUCUGUUUGGGAUGAUUGUUAUCAUGGCGGAGUUCAUCCCGGGGGGAGGCGUCGUCCCUUCUGGCAGGUUUGACGGAAUAAGUCUCAUCGAACCCGGAAACACUUUUGGAUCGUUCAUCAUCGCGUGUCAGGUGGUGUUCUGCCUGUUCAUCUUGUACUUCACGGGGCGUGAGAUCUAUCGCAUAUGUAAGCAGAAAUGUGACUACCUCACAAACUAUUGGUCGUAUGCUGAGAUCUCCAUAAUACUGGCCAGCUACGCCACUAUCAUCAUCUACAUUCUCAGAUACUUCAACAUAAACGCUGCCCUGGAUGAGUUCAAUAGAACGUACGGCAACGGGUACGUGAGGAUGCAGUAUGCAGCACGCAUCAACGAGGUGUACGGCUACUUGGUCGCUUUCAUUGUCUUUGUCGGAACAAUCAAGUUUAUCAGGCUUCUGAGGUUCAACAAGACUAUAGGCAUCCUGUCGGCCACAGUACGUCAGUGUUGGGACGACCUGAGCGGCUUCCUCGUGGCCUUCCUCCUGUGUUAUUUCGCCUUUGUCUCCAUGUUUUACGUCCUCCUGAACCAACACCUCUUCGACUUCUACAACUUCCUCAGCUCAGUUGAGACCUGCUUCAGCAUGAUAUUGGGUGUGUUCAACUUUGAUGAGAUGACACAAACAUCGCCCUUGAUGCCAAUCCUCUUCUUCAUAUUCGUCACCUUUAACACCUUCGUGCUCUUCAACCUCUUGAUAACAGUUAUCAUCUUGUCUUUUGCAAAGAUAAAGGAAGAUGCAAUAAAUCAACCAAGCGACUACGAGGUGGUGGAUUUCAUGUGGAAUUACUUCAAGAGCCUCAUUGGUAAGGGCGAGGCGUCUUGUGAGCCCACCUCGCAAGACAACGUCACCGUCCAGGAGUUCCCAGAUAAAGUCAACAAGUUCCUGGACUACGUCAACACUGUGUACUUCGAUGGCAGUCUGGACACCAACAGCAAAGACGCCCUCAAGACCUCCAUGUACAGGAGCUCUGCACCUCGCCAGGGCAGCGGAAUCCGCGGUGCAAGGGACAUGUGAAUCGUUGCUGCUUUAGAGGUAGAGUCUUAGUUCCCUACUGCCCCCAGCACCAUGGUGGUCCCCCUGCAACACUUGGGACCACUACUGCCUCCAGCACCAUGGUGGUCCCCCUGCAACACUUGGGACCACUACUGCCUCCAGCACCAUGGUAGUCCCCCUGCAACACUUGGGACCACUACUGCCUCCAGCACCAUGGUGGUCCCCCUGCAACACUUGGGACCACUACUGCCUCCAGCACCAUGGUGGUCCCCCUGCAACACUUGGGACCACUACUGCCUCCACCACCAUGGUGGUCCCCCUGCAACACUUGGGACCACUACUGCCUCCACCACCAUGGUGGUCCCCCUGCAACACUUGGGACCACUACUGCCUCCAGCACCAUGGUGGUCCCCCUGUAACACUUGGGACCACUACUGCCUCCAGCACCAUGGUGGUCCCCCUGCAACACUUGGGACCACUACUGCCUCCAGCACCAUGGUGGUCCCCCUGCAACACUUGGGACCACUACUGCCUCCACCACCAUGGUGGUCCCCCUGCAACACUUGGGACCACUACUGCCUCCACCACCAUGGUGGUCCCCCUGCAACACUUGGGACCACUCCUCAUCAUAUGUCAUUGGUGAUCACCUUAGAGAUAAUAUUAUAUGGUGAUGGGUUGACUGGAGUGCAUCCAAACUUUUUGACGACCACCAUCCGUCCUCAUUAACCGUACCUCUUAUAGCCACCCUGCUAAGAUUGCACUCAAUGUGAACUUUUGCACUUAAAAUAUAAUGUUUGGUUCUAUUGAUUUGGAAAAGGGCCGAGGAAAGAAGACAAGAUUCCACCAUCCAUCAUUAAGUCCAAUUUAGAACAUAUUCAUUUAUGCAUAAAGUUGUGCAAAUUUGGCUACAGUUUUAUCUCUAGGCCAAAAAAAUGUUAAGUUCUUGUUAUGGUUAGGCUCUUGUUGAUUUUCAUAGGCCCAUUGCUCUGCUAAUACUAAUAAUAAUACGUGUUUUUUUCGGUACAAUGGUUUGUUUUGAACGUUGUCCACAGUUGCUAUAGGUACAGUUAGUUUAGCUGGACGGGGUGUGAGAAUCCAAUGUUUUAGUGUGAGUUAAUGAGUUGUGUUAAUUGUGUUACCACCAUCUCUGGCAAGUGCUGAUCACUCCUGAGAGCCAGUGAGGUCCAACUCGGACAGUCCUGACCAAUCACCUGCCAGUGUGGCCCAGCAUUAUCAGCUAUAUUAACAAUGUCAUUAUAGGAGGCUGCAAGAUGUCAAUAAUCUUCACGGUUGUAUAUAAGUAAUUACAUACUCGCCUUUCAUUGUGGUUUUUCAGCAUUAAUGUGAUCAGCAUCAUAGAUCUAUACAUAUAUAUAUAUAUAUAU